UAAAUCCUUUGCACGGAUGCUAAUCCAAUUGCAGGUAAAUGGCAGGUCCAAAACAGGGAUUCCAGACGGGCUUACCACGCUGGGCACUCAUGCAUUUUAUUUGAAAACAUACGUGGCUUUUUCCGAUCAGUAGGCUUAUUCAAUCAUCUUUUGUGCACGUGUGUGGCUGCUUGAAAAGGAAAAGAUUCAUGCCAAAAAUUAGAAGUAGCAACGCGGAGCCUAGUCAUCACGUUAGCGACCAACAUUGGAAAUGGGUAGAAUUUCAACGAUCUUAUUUGCCUCUGUAUUUGUUUUAUUUUUGACUGUUGUUUGCAGCCAGGAUCAGGAGGAAUUUCUUGAAGAAGGUACGGAUGACGAACUUCCACAACCUUCAGCUGCUGAGCAGUAUCUUGGGUUUAUUACAAGUGGAGGGAAAAAUAUGAUGGACCAGGUGGACGAAGAAGAAGAUGGCUCUUUUGGCCCAACUGUACCUCCAGAUGGCGAAGACGAAGACUACACUGCGGAGACGUUGAAUAUCCUUCUCAGAUAUUACAGAGAUGAGUUUGAGAACCUUAGCAUUGACAAGAAAAAAUCAAAACUGAUGGAAGACAUAAAGAAGAUGGACUUGAAUGAGGAUGGUUAUAUAACUAAACCAGAGCUUGUUUCAUGGUUGAUUGUUGAGGCAGAGAAAGGCUCUCAUUUAGAAGCAAAGGGUCUUGGUGGCAUCAAAUCUUUUGAUACUAAUAAAGAUGAAAAGCUGAGCUGGGAUGAAGUUUUGGAAGAUUUGAAGAAACUUGGCAGUAUGUCAAACCCAACAUUUGUCAAAGGACUGAAGAUGGAAAAGAUAAGAUUUGAACAUGCAGAUAAAGACAAGGAUGGUUUUCUGAACAACUCUGAAUACCCCUUUUAUGCAACACCAGAGUAUUUUAGCAGUAUGAAUAACUACACUGUCAUGAGCUAUCUUCAUGAUUAUGAUACUGAUGAUGACUUGAAAGUUAGUAAAGAGGAAUACUUGAAAGGAUUUGAUACCUCAGAUGCAGAGGGAAUAAAAAUUGAGGAAGAGAAGUUCAUGAAGAUGGAUAAGAACAACGAUGGCUUCUUGACAGCUGAUGAAGUUUCAGACGUUGCAUUGGAUUUUACCCUUACAAAAUUUGUUGACAAACAUGCAGACAUGUUAUUUGUUAAUGCUGACACAGAUAAAGAUGGUAAACUUUCCAGUGUUGAAAUAAUAACAAAUUAUCCAUUGUUUACAAAAGGUACACUAGAUAAUGAAACUGCACCUGCAGAAGACUUUACACAUGAUGAACUGUAGUUAAGUUAUGUUUUGAAAUGAAUAUUUUCUUUGCUUCUAAAUAUUUGUUGUGUUGUUUUUACCUGUAAUAUUUUAUAUGUGCUGAUAUCAAAGCUAAGAUCAUAUUUGAAUUAUCAAA